AUGACGCAUUGUAGAUGGAACAAUGUUUAUCGCAGAACUUUUAAUCGAUCUGUUGCCGGUUACAGCACAGUCAAGCAAGAGUUGGUGACGCCAGUACAGAGCCACGAUGUAGAUACCACGCCGUAUCGUAAGCCGGUUAUGAGAAUAGGUGAUCGAGGUGUGGAAAUAGUGGGAGAUCUUUCAAAUGAACCGGUAGAAAGAGAGUUACAGAGCGAUGUGCUGAACUCGCCACCUCAAAUUGACAAAAAUAGCUUUAAGGAUUAUAUAGAGAUACCUAAAAAGGGGCUAAUAUCAACAAAGAACAUACGUAUAUGCUCAAAUGGGAUUAUACCAUUCAAACAAUACGUAGAAGGCAGCCCGAAUGCGCACAACUACCCAUUGACCCUGCUGCCAAGGAAGCAUUCCGAAAAACUAGGAGGAGACAUUUUGGUAACCACCUAUGCCGUGCACGAAAAGGACUACCGCAUGGAAGGGGGAAGACGAAUAAUGCUUAGUGCACUACCAACAUUAAAAAUACACCCUUGUGAAGUAUUGUUACAGAAAAUAUACGGAAAGACCUCACUGCUAGUCAUAUUCUCUGGAGACCCACCAUACGCAGACGCUAAAGCAGCACUGGAGUGGAAGAAGGCUGUCGACUUCGAAGUACCAAUACAUAUGCUACUAAACUAUCCAUGUCCAGUCGGUAUGACCUACUUUCAUAAACGAUAUGUAAAAGCACUCGCGACAUCGCUAGUGGAACAUUGCGCAUUCAGCUGCAUAGCACGUAAUAUGAGUGAACAAGAGACAGUGAUACUGCACCAAUACCGACGCCAGUUCAGCAGCAUAGUGCUGCUGGACAGGUUCGGCUAUAUACGCUGGCACGCUGCAGGAAAACCCACCAGAGAGGCCAAGUACCUGCUGAAGGAGGCAUACGAAAAUCUGCAACGAGAAAUAUAA